AUGGAAAAAGAAGAUCCAGUUAGUGGCCCACAGAUUCCCCCUAGUGGGCGAAUUGUGGCCUUAUCAGAGCGACAGCAGAUGGCGCUUUUGAAGAAGAUAGAAGACAAGCGAAAACUACAGUUGAGCUUGAAAUGCCAAACAGAUCCACAAGAAUUCGUCAAGCCAAAAUUUUUUAAAGAAGCGAAUAAAAAAGCGUUCAACAAACUGAACAAACGAAACGACCGCGGAGAAACUGCGCUCCACCGAGCCACAAUCAAGGGCGACCACAAAAAAGUAGUCGAGCUCCUCGGCCAAGGAGCCGACGUCAACGCCAAGGACUACGCCGGCUGGACGGCGCUGCACGAAGCUUGCAACCACGGCUACUUGGAGAUCGUCAGAACUUUGAUCGAGCACGGGGCCGAUGUUUCCGUCAAGGGACUGGAUGGAGAUACGCCGCUGCACGACGCGGCGGUCAAUGGACACGAAGAAAUUACAAUCGCGCUGAUUCAGUCUGGCGCGAACCCAGAGGCGGAGAAUGACAAGAAGGAGACGCCGCUUGAAGUUGCGGAAGACGCCGAGACGCGACGCUUGCUUCUAGAGGGAAUUCCCAUCUUCAAAGAAUACGAAAAGACGCGAAAAAAGACUUUGCAAGCGGCAAAAGCUGGCAAUUUUGCCGAUUGUCUCACCACCGAAGCCGACGAUCCUCCCAAAUCUAGCACAAGUCCGAGAAAAAGGAGCGAUUCAGUCUUUUCCGCCGAAGAAGGCCCCUCCCCAUCAAGCUCGGAGACGCCCAAGAGCACUGCCGUACAGCCUACAGCAAUACCUCCAGUAUCAGCAGAAGACAGUCAGAACAAUCAAUCGGCCAUGGCCAAGGACAAAAAAGAAAAGAAGAAACGGGAGGAGAAGGAGCGCGAAGAAGCGGAAGAGCGCAAACUCCGGAAGCAGAAGAAAAAGGCGGAACGCGAACGAGCCCAUCGCGAAGCAAUCGAAGCAGGAAAACAGCCAAUUCCCGAGACGAUCGAAGAACGGGACAAACGAUGGACGGAGGAGAUCAAGAUGAAAGUAACCCUCGAAGCGCAGCAGAAAAAUCUGCAGCUGACGCCUGACCAGUUCAAAAAAGUUGUCGAACGGAGAAUUCAAAAACGAAAGGAGAGGCAUCAGAAUAAAGCGCUUCUUAGAGAGCAACAAAACGCAGCGCUUCUCAAAGCCAAACGGAUGAAGGAGCAAAAGGAAAAGAUCGCCCGACAACGAGGUCUUCCUCCGCCUUCUGCCAACGGUGCGGACCCGCCGAAGAGGGAGAAGCUCUCUUCCUCCGGCUCCACGGACUUGAAAGGACCGCCAGAGAGCGGCGAUCAGACCGGCACUCCGAAGAAGAAACAUAAGGGAGAAAAAACAGUGAAGAAAGAAGGUGGAAACGAAAGUGGACGGAAACCAUCGCUCAAGUUCGACUCCAACUUCCUUGACCAAGUCGAUCUCAUCAAAAAGUCCAAGGAAAGCCUCAAAGCGCACAAGAACAAGCAAAAAGAAAUUCGCGAUCGGGACCAAAAACGAUACAAAGAGCUGCAGCGAUUAAAAGAGCUCGACAAUGCAAAACGCAGCGAAUUGAAGGCGCUUUCCGACUCCAACGUCCAAGAAAAAAAAAUCGGCGACAAAAGACCGCGCCUCGGCUCCACCAACGAUUUCCUUGCUUCCUCCAAAAAGCCCAAAGUGGACAUUGGGCGACAAGGCCAAAAUGAAAGCGGGGGAAUCCAAAGUUCAAGCAUUGGAAGUGCCACUAGCACUUUUACGCCUCUCGUUCCGAAGAAAAUCGAAGCCCAGCAACCGACUCUCAACUUUAAACCAAACGAAACUGUUACUCCAUCUUCCCAAAGUCUAACAAACCAAGUUCAGUCCAAGCAACAUCAAGCAAAUACUCAAAAUUCGAAUAAAGACGCAGCGAGCCUACCUCAAGAGACAGGCGCGAAAGACGCAAUUUCUCCAUCGAAACAACCCCCAAAACAGCCGCCGAACGGGCUGCCUUCCCGACGAGUCUCAGUAAUUCAAGAAACACCACUUAAUCAGCAAAAAGAGCAGCCGAAGACUGGCCCACCAUUCAAGCCUAAAUUCAAAUGGCUCACGGAAAAGGGCCACAAUCAGCUACAAAAGCGCAUCGAAGCGCAGCCGAAGACGCUGAAAGUCGUCACCUUCAAUCAUCUGCGGCUAGCCGAGUCGCAUAACGAGCAAUACGCCGGAAACACGACGAGAAAGACGGUGCACGACGAGCAGCUGAAUGAUUUCGACGAACGAAACUGCAUCAAUGAGCGAAUCCAGCAAAACUGGAGGAAGAUCCGACCCGUUAUCCCUGACGCGCCACACGAUAUCGAAAACUUUAAACUACUAACUGGCGAAUACCACUUAGAAACUUCCGUCCAGGACAGGGCCGCCUUCCCUAAACUGGCACCGCCGCCAGAACUGCCAGAAAAAUUGCAACUACUUUUUAAAAAUCAAGAAAACGAACGAUGGAAACUCAGACAGGAGCAAACCGUUGUCCUCGAAAAACUGCGCCUGUCAUACGAGCAACGAGUUCUUCGUUGCUACACCGAGGCAAAACGACUAGAAUUGGGUGUUGCUGAAUACUCCGCUACCGCGUUUUUGCAGCAAAUGAACUUUGAUAACCAGUACCAGCUUCCAAUAGAUGAAAUGCAGAAAAAAGAUAACAGAAACAGAUACACCCCACGAGUGCUCAACAAACUUCUUGACGAUGCUAAACACGAUUUUAAACUGAAACAGCAUAAAAUAAUUGAGCGACAAAGGAUGGACAAUGAGACCUGCUACAUGCUUCAGGUCACUAACUGGCAGCUGAAGGCUCAGCAGUUCAGUCGGGAUAAUGCGCCAAAAACUAUCAACGAUGUGCCGGAAGAAUACGUUCCCAAAGUCCCUGUCAUUGAAGAAGCAGAGCUGCCUAUUUUUUAA